UUUUGCCAGUGUAGCCAGUGUAAUAGCUGAAGAGUACCAAGUUGUCAUAAUUUUAUGAACCCUGUAUGUGGGCAGGUUGAUGACAGGACGUUACUAUGCAAUGGGUUAUGCUACUUUAUAUUACUUUCCUGUAUAGAUGUAUUGAUCUACCAUAAUAGGGAGCUAGCUGAUGAAGGAAUAAAAGGCAAUUCAGUGUUUCCCCUGCUUCAGCUAUAUGUGACUAAACCCACAAGGUGGUAAUGACAAGAAAGAUAGUUCCAGUUCUGAGGGACACAGCUGGUUUGUCAGGCUGAGAAUAAAAAUCAGAGGAGGAUAAAGUUGGCAGGGACUGAUGGAAGAAAUAAUUCAAACAGAGGCAGACGUUGCAGAAGAGGCUGGAAGAAGCUGGGCCUUCCUCUCUGCAGCAGUGGAAUGAAAGAUGAUGAAAUUGAAGAAGGAGAUCUUCCUGAACACAAGAGGCCUCCAGCACCAAUAGAUUUCUCAAAAAUUGAUCCAGGCAAGCCUGAAAGUAUCCUGAAGCUGACGAAAAAGGGGAAGACUUUGAUGAUGUUUGUCACAGUGUCGGGAAAUCCCACAGAAAAGGAGACAGAAGAAAUAACUAGCUUGUGGCAGGGCAGUCUCUUCAAUGCAAACUACGAUGUGCAAAGGUUUAUUGUUGGCUCAAAUCGUGCCAUUUUUAUGCUGCGUGAUGGUGGUUAUGCCUGGGAGAUCAAAGACUUUUUGAUAAAUCAAGAAAGGUGUGCAGAUGUUACUCUGGAAGGUCAGGUUUAUCCUGGCAAAGGAGCAGAAGAAAGUGAGAAAGUAAAAAACAAAACAAAACCUGAAAAAGCAAAGAAGAAAAAAGAUGCAGACAAGAAAUCUGAUAGCAUCAAAGAGGACAACCGAGCAACCAAACAGAAAGAGGAUCUAUGAUGGACGCGUUGACCAGACUGAAUGCUGCUCUGCUGUUCCUUGAAGGGAAACUAAUUCUCCAUACAAUUCCUGGCUUUACUGGGGGGAAGGAAGGAAGCAGAGAUUACUGAGGUUAAAGGACUUCUAUGUUGAAAUAUACCAGUUUACUUAUUAAUACUGGCCAUUUGUUUAGUUACAGGAAAAGUAAUGUGUAAUACCAGCGAUUGACUACUUUAGUUUGUAAUUUUUUUAUGCUUUUGUUGUUGUUUAACAUAUGAACCUGUGUGUCUAACAUCACAAAGUUACGUGAAAAAGGAGAAAACACAGUCUCAGAAUACACCAAUGUUCAUCUGUAGUAGCUGCAUUCAUUUUGGGUAUGCAAGUUGGUCACUGAUACAUAGCUGCUGUUAGAUAGCAGGGUACUGUGAUAAAAGAUUCUCUUGGAAGCCAGUUUGCUAGACUCAGUUGGCACAAGAUAGUGUUAGAGUGGCCAAAGAUGCCUGAAAUUAUGGCAUUUAGGACAUGUCUGGUUAGACUGCCUGCUUCUUUAAAAUAAACAAAACCCCUUCAGUAUGUCCCCCAAAAUCCACAGAAGUACUUGGAAGCAUGGUAGAAGCCAAGGCAGAUAUUUGGCUAAUGCACUCCAAGUCAGUGCAGAAGGGAGAUGCUGUACCUAUCAGAAGUGAUGCUGGCCUGGUAAUGGAAUUGCAGUACCCACGUGAGCAGUGUGGGGGUGAAGGGAAAAGUCAGAUUAAUGCCAUUCAGAUUGCUGCUGCUGCCAAAAAAACUGUGCCUGUGGAAGCAAAUGUUAUGCAUGCCCCAUUAUCUAGACAGUGAGCUAGAAGAAAUAGCUUUAACUCUGAAAUUAAUUUGUUUUACUGGUUUAAGGUUUGUUUAAAUCAUUG